CUAAAAAAAAUUAUCUACUAGACACAACUACUUCUUUAAAAAGUCAAUUAUCGGUAUGUGAACUCAACAAGUUUCUACAUCACACUUGUGUAAGUUGCUUCUUAUUGGAUCACCGUUGGCAUCCAGUUGUGAUGUCACAAAGUGGUGCUUGUACAUACACGUCUUAUACUUCGAUUUAAAGUGAGCACAGAUAAACUUUCCUCCUUCUGCAGCUGAAUCUGAAAACAGCAUUUUGGUGUCAAACUCAGCAAAGUGAAGGUCAAAAAUCAGAGAGAAGUCACAAUAGGCAGAACACAUUUUUCGGUGGAAGGGGACUUAAAAAGAAAGAAUUGUUUAAAUUUUGAGUAAACCGAUGAGGAUGAAGUUCCCCAAUAACUUAAUAAGUUAUUAUUACACCGUUUGAUGUGAUAAUGGCUCAGUAGGAGGGUCGUGAAGGACUGGUAACAUGGGAGAGGAGAUUGGGAGUGUGGGGGAAACAGCAGAGACAAGCCCACAGCAGCUUACCCAAACUUAAAUCUGGGUUGCGACUAUUCUAUGAUGGUUACUCUUCUGUUUGCAUUCUUCAUGGCAUUCAGCCGGCUUGAGUGAUUUCAUGGAAUGCACAUGAGAUUUUUCUUCAUGAAAACAUUAAGCCGAACUCUGCGCUCGACCGCUCUCUCACCCAGACUGGAGUCUCUACGUUGGUCCAUUUGAAUGAAUUUUAUCGGAUUUCUUUUUAUAUUUAUUUUUUUAAAUGUACAUCAUGGGAUUUUGGAUGUGAUGCAAGGCGUCCUCGCUGACUGGAUUGAUGCCGUACUGAAGGUGAAGGACAAUGUGGAUACCAUUGUUAAUUUGGAUUCUGCACUUCAUGAAUCUUACAAAAGGCCUAGAGAACACAAGACGUAGCUCCUCUGUUAGCAGACUCUGUCCAGCAGGUUGUGCGACAUGCUCUGCUCUGAAUGGCUGUCUCUCCUGUUUCCCUCGCCUUUUCUUCCACUUGGAGCUGGAUGGGAUGCGGCAGAGGGGCGCCUGUCUGUCCUCCUGUCCCCGGGGUCACUAUGGCAGGCGCUCUCCACACAUCAGCACCUGCACCAGGUGCAAGGUGGACUGCGCUUCCUGUUUUAGUGAAAAUUUCUGCACACAUUGUCACCCGGGUCACUUCCUGUUCCAGGGCAAAUGUGCAAACAGCUGUCCAUAUGGGCUGACGGAAAACACAGUACUGCGAGAAUGCACAGUGUGUUCUCCAGGCUGUGAGGUGUGUGUGAGGAGGAACAUGUGUGUGAGGUGUAGAGCAGACCUGUACUUUCUCCACGGUCAGUGCCAUCUCACCUGCCCGAUGGGAUUUAAGCCUGAUGUGCGGCUUAUGCAAUGCAUCCCCAAAGUGCACUGUGAGGUUGGGGAAUGGACAGGUUGGGGUCCAUGUGUUCGGAAAAGGAGCAUGAUGGGACAGGAGACACGUAACAGACAACUUCUGCGGUCUCCAAGUGACGACGGUGACCCCUGCCCGCAUGUGUCAGAAAUCAGGAAGUGUGUCAUCAAAAUGAGACCAAAGAGUCCAAGUAGGUUGUAAUAAGUUAAAAAGAGAGCCCAUUAGAUUUGAAUAUUUGUUGAUAUUGCAGAGAUAUUCAACUUGCACCUUUUUACAUUUGCUGGUUAAACUAUUGUAAAUUGAAAACUAUUGUAAAUUGUUAAGAUGUAUUCAUCUGUUUUUAUGCAAUCCAACAGAAAAAAAUAAAUAAAUAAGGGGUUGAUGGAUAUUAUGAUCU